AGUGCAACUCUGCACUUUGGCGUUCCACGCGGCACGCCUGGCAAAAGCUUACGGCAGCUGACAGUUUCUCAGGCAAGACACGAGGACGCUGCACUUUCAUUCAUUUUUUUACAACGGGAUAUAUAGUUGUUCUUUCGACCUAGUCUCUUCUGAAAGUGACUGAAAAAAAGGAUAAAGUUAUUUUGGGCGAUUUUACCACAACAUCAUCUCCCGUUGUUUGUAAUUUUAUAAUGACAAAGAUAUUAACGGCUUGCACAGUAGCCAGGGUAACAUUACUGAAGCAAGGAUGGCUAAGUGGCAGAAGCAGGAGUCUUGUAAACUGGAAGUCAACUCGUCUGUUCAGUGUAAAGGCCCAGACUGCUCACCUUGUUUUGGAGGAUGGCACUCGAAUGAAGGGCUUGUCCUUUGGAAAGAAUCGUUCCAUGGCUGGCGAGCUAGUCUUCAACACAGGACUUGUAGGGUACCCCGAAGCUCUGACUGAUCCUAGCUACAGGGGCCAGAUUUUAACUCUCACGUACCCGAUUGUGGGAAACUACGGCGUUCCCAAUACACAGGAGCUGGAUGAGCUGGGAUUGAGAAAGCAUUUGGAAUCCGACCAAAUUCAUGUGUCUGGGCUGUUGGUGCAAGACUAUAGUUAUGAAUACAGCCACUGGAACUCAGUCAAAUCCUUGGCUCAAUGGUUGGAAGAAGAAGGGGUGCCUGCGUUGUAUGGUGUGGAUACUAGGAUGCUUACUAAAAUAAUUCGGGAUAAGGGAACAGUCUUGGGGAAGAUUGAGUUUGAUGGGGAGCCUGUUGAAUUUACAGACCCGAACCAACGUAAUCUAAUUGCAGAAGUCUCUACAAAAGAAGCACAGAUAUUUGGGAAAGGAAACCCAAUCAAAGUGGUAGCAGUUGAUUGUGGGAUCAAACACAACAUAAUCAGACUUCUUGUCAAGCGGGGAGCAGAAGUACAUCUGGUACCAUGGGACCAAGACCUGAUGAGCCUGGACUAUGAUGGUCUGUUUAUUUCCAAUGGCCCGGGGGACCCUUCACUAGCUAGGCCCCUAAUUGAGAAUGUCCGCAAGGUGCUAAAUAGUGAUCGGCCCCAGCCUGUGUUUGGCAUCUGCAUGGGGAACCAGAUUACUGCUCUUGCGGCAGGAGCUCAUUCCUACAAGCUGCCUAUGGGCAACAGGGGACAGAACCAGCCAGUACUGAAUGUGAUGACAAACCAAGCCUUUAUCACGGCACAGAACCAUGGGUACGGAAUUGACAGCCAGUCAUUGCCACAAGGCUGGAGCCCUCUAUUCAUCAAUGCCAAUGACGGGACCAAUGAGGGUAUCAUGCAUAACUCCAAGCCGGUCUUCACAGCACAGUUCCACCCAGAAGCAAAGGGAGGCCCUACUGACACAGAGUUCCUGUUCGACACCUUCAUAUCGCUCAUUAAGAAGGGGAAGGGGGCCAGCAUAGUGUCUGUGAUGCCUCCGAAACCAGACAUUCCUCCGAGAGCUAAGGUGUCUAAGGUGCUGGUGCUUGGCUCUGGGGGCCUCUCCAUCGGCCAGGCGGGCGAGUUUGACUACUCUGGAUCCCAGGCUAUCAAGGCCCUGAAGGAAGAGAAUCUCAAGACGGUGCUGAUGAACCCCAACAUUGCCUCUGUGCAGACCAACGAGGUUGGCACCAAGCAGGCUGACUCUGUCUACUUCCUGCCCGUCACCCCACAGUUUGUCACCGAAGUCAUCAAGACGGAGCGGCCAGACGGCAUCCUGCUCUCCAUGGGGGGCCAGACAGCUCUGAACUGCGGUGUGGAGCUGUACAACAGCGGAGUCCUGCAAAAGUACGGCGUGAAGGUGUUAGGGACACCUGUGGAGUCCAUCAUGGCCACUGAGGACCGGCAGCUCUUCUCAGACAAGCUUAUGGAGAUCAAUGAGAAGAUAGCACCCAGCAUCGCUGUGGAGACGGUGGCAGAUGCCCUGAAGGCUGCGGAUAAGAUUGGCUACCCUGUCAUGCUCCGCUCUGCCUACGCACUCGGGGGUCUGGGCUCUGGCCUUUGUGCCAACAAGGACAAGUUGGAGCAGACGGCACGGAAGGCUCUGGCGAUGAGCAGUCAGAUCCUGGUGGAGAAGUCCCUUCUGGGCUGGAAGGAGGUGGAGUAUGAGGUGGUCAGGGACAUCUCCAACAACUGCGUCACCGUCUGCAACAUGGAGAACUUUGACCCGCUUGGCAUCCAUACAGGUGACUCCAUCGUGGUGGCGCCCAGCCAGACCCUGUCCAACGAGGAGUACCACAUGCUGAGAGAGACGGCCCUCAAGGUGGUGCGGCACCUGGGCAUCGUGGGAGAGUGCAACAUCCAGUACGCCCUUCACCCCUCCUCUCUGGAGUACUGCAUCAUCGAGGUCAACGCCAGGCUCUCCAGGAGCUCAGCGCUAGCCUCCAAGGCAACUGGCUACCCUCUGGCUUUUGUGGCCGCCAAACUGGCCCUGGGCAUCCCUCUGCCGGACAUCAAGAAUGCUGUGUCGGAGAAGACCACGGCCUGCUUCGAGCCCAGCCUGGACUACAUCGUCACUAAGAUCCCCCGCUGGGACCUGGACCGCUUCCAGGGCAUGUCCCGGGAGAUCGGCAGUGCCAUGAAGAGUGUGGGCGAGGUGAUGGCGGUGGGCCGCACCUUUGAGGAGAGCAUGCAGAAGGCCCUGCGCAUGUGCCACCCCUCCGUGGAUGGCUUUGUGCCCCACCUGCCACUCAAGAGGGCCUGGGCCGACGAGCAGGACCUGCAGCAGGAGCUGGCAGUGCCCUCCAGCACCCGCAUCUUCUCCCUGGCCAAGGCGCUCCACAGCGGGAUGGGCGUGGAUCAGAUCCACCAACUGACCGCCAUCGACAAGUGGUUCCUGCACAAGCUCCGACGCAUCACUGAGCUGGAGCAACACCUGGGCCAGUACAACAGCUUCUCCGUGCCUCCCGAGAUCCUCCUGAAGGCCAAGCAGGACGGCUUCUCCGACCGCCAAGUGGGCAGUGCCCUGGGCACCUCCGAGGACGAGGCCCGGGCACUCCGGCUGAGCCAGAAUAUCCGUCCCUGGGUCAAACAGAUUGACACCCUGGCUGCAGAAUACCCAGCGGUCACCAACUAUCUAUACUGCACUUAUCAUGGCCAGGAGCAUGAUUUGGAAUUCACUGACCAGGGUGUUAUGGUGCUGGGAUGUGGUCCUUAUCAUAUUGGCAGCAGUGUGGAGUUCGACUGGUGCGCCGUGUCAAGCAUCCGCGCCCUGCGGCAGAUGGGCCGGCGCACGGUGGUGGUGAACCAUAACCCAGAGACGGUCAGCACGGACUUUGACGAGUGUGACCGGCUGUACUUCGAGGAGCUGACCCUGGAGCGCAUCCUGGACAUCACACAGCAGGAGGGCUGCACCGGCUGCAUUGUGUCUGUGGGCGGUCAGAUCCCCAACAACCUGGCCAUGCCGCUCCACCUGAACGGGAUAAAGAUCCUGGGCACCAACCCGCUCCAGAUCGACCGCGCUGAGGAGCGCUCCAUCUUCUCCACCAUCCUUGAUGAGCUCGGGGUGCACCAGGCUCCCUGGAGAGCCCUCAGCUCACUGGAGGAUGCCUUCGCCUUUGCUAAUAAGGUUGGCUACCCAUGCCUGCUGCGGCCAUCUUAUGUGCUGAGUGGCUCUGCUAUGAACGUGGCCUACGGAGAGGAGGAGAUGAAGAGGUUCCUGGAGGAGGCUGCUCAGGUGUCACAGGAGCACCCUGUGGUCAUCACCAAGUUCAUCAGAGGAGCCAGAGAGGUCGAGGUGGACGCUGUGGCCAAAACUGGGAAGGUGCUGGUCCAUGCCAUCACGGAGCACGUGGAGGACGCAGGUGUCCACUCAGGAGAUGCCACCCUGAUGCUGCCCACUCAGAGCAUCAGCCAGGGGGCGCUGGAGAAGAUUAAGACUGCUACCCGGAAAAUUGCCAAGGCAUUUGAAAUUUCAGGGCCGUUUAACACUCAAUUUCUGGUGAAAGGCAAUGAUGUCAUGGUUAUUGAAUGCAACCUGCGAGCCUCGCGCUCCUUCCCCUUUGUGUCCAAGACCAUCGGCGUCGACUUCAUCAACGUGGCCACGCGCGUCAUGGUGGGCGAGCCUCUUGAUGAGUCCCGUCUGCCCUCCCUGGAGAACCCCAUCAUACCUGUGGACUAUGUCGGUAUCAAGGCUCCCAUGUUCUCCUGGCCCCGCCUCAGGGAUGCUGACCCUGUCCUGCGCUGUGAGAUGGCCUCCACUGGAGAGGUGGCUUGCUUCGGACCAAACAUCUACUCCGCUUUCCUGAAGGCCAUGCUCUCUACUGGAUUCAAGCUCCCGCAAAAGGGAAUCCUCAUAGGCAUCCAGCAUUCUUUCAGACCCAACUUCCUGUCCACCGCACACCAGCUGAACGAGGACGGUUUCAAGCUUUAUGCCACUGAGGGCACCUCCGCCUGGCUCAAUGCCAACGAUGUGCCCACCACUCCAGUGGCCUGGCCAACACAAGAUGAGAACAAUAGCACUCUCCCCAGCAUCAACAGGCUCAUCAAUGAGGGUGACAUUGACCUGGUGGUGAACCUCCCCAACAACAACACACGUUUCAUCAAGGACAACUUCAUAAUCCGCCGCAUGGCUGUGGACCACGGGGUGCCCCUCAUCACCAACUUCCAGGUGGUCAAGCUGUUUGCCGAAGCAGUGAAGUACUCCAGUGACCUGGACACCACCAGCCUCUUCCACUACCGAGAGCGCAACACCACCAGGCACAGUUAGAUGCUGCUGCUACCAAAAAGUGCCACCACCACCCGGCAGGCUACUCAGGAGCACAUUUCACUCCAGAAUCAUUUGGAUCAGGAGCUCCAACUUAAGUGUUAUUUUUCUACAAUCUGGAUUGAGGGUUAUGGGGCAAUACCAUCCCACCCUGGAUCAGUCAUUUUUCUAAGUAACCACAUAUUAUUUAUGGUGUUGUUAACUUAACGUAUGUCCUUAUGCAAACGGCUGCUGGCUUGCCAGGGUUGUUGGCAUUGUUGGCUUAAUUUUGUUCUGUUCAUUUAUUGGCCAGUUCUCCCAGCAUUUUUACUUACAGAAGACAGUUUCCAGAAACAGAUCUUUACUCUGCACUGAGGAUAAAUCGAGUUUAGAUGCUGGACAACAUCACAAAACACAAUAGUCUAGGUUUUUUUUUUAAUUUUAUUUCUGCUGUUGAUCAUUGUGUGUGUGUUUGUGUGUGUGUGUUAGAGAGAGAGACAGAGAAAGAGAGAGAGAAAGAGAGUGUGAGAGUGUGUGCUUGUAUGUGUGAAUAAGUGGGUGGAUGAGUGGGAUGGAAUGUGGUUGAGGAUCUUUUGGAUCUUUCAAUAUCUUAGAGCUCCUAUUCACGCCUCUAUGAUGUUUACAACCAUUUCAUAUGCAAUGCAAAUCUAACGGAAGUCUUAUAUUUAGUCUUAUAAUAAGUCUUAUAUUAAACAGUAAUUACCACAAUUUCUUCAAACGUAUCUUGAAAGUAAACCAUCAAUAAAAACCCUCUAUUUAAAAAAUA